AUGACCCGGCGCGUGCUCGGGGUGGUUGUCCUCGUCGCGACGGCGGCGCUGUGCUCGGCACAGAUGACGACGGUGCAGCCGACGACGAUGACGAUGCCCACCUGCGCGCCGGUGCCGAUCAGCCUCUCCCCGUGCAUCGGCUACGUCUUCGGCGCCGGCUCGGCGGCGCUGCCAUCGUGCUGCUCGCAGCUCCAGGCCUUCUUCCAGUCCCAGGGCCCCUGCCUGUGCGCCAUGUCCAAGCUCGCGCCCAGCCCUUUCGGCCUCGUCCUCGGCCAGGUCCAGGGCAUGAUCCCCAACGUGUGCAACCUGCCCACCGACCCGUGCGAUGAUGUCUUUGGCGCGAGCAAUUCGACCGACGACUCGACGACGCCAACCGCAAAGGCCGCGUCUCCAGAAGCGGCACCUCCGGCGGCCACUCCCACCGAGCCUGAGCCUGCAGCCACAACAUCAUCGACGCCGGAGAGUGCCGGUGCGACUGAAGCUCCACCGGCAGCAGGUGACGAUUCUCAGGCUGCUGCCACGAAGACGGGACAGGUUGCCCCCCAAGGCGCUGGAUCAAGCACCGAUUCACAGGGGAUAUCAAAGCUCCCAGAACUGCUGCACGCAGCAGGGGCGCCAAGCUCCGCCGCUGCCACCGUGCUCAUCAGUGUGUUUCUUGCCUAUGUUUCGGCCAUGUUUGUGUAA